AUGGAAGUCGACGCUGCAACCCUUUUCAACGCACUUGGAGAGCGUUAUGAAGACGCCUAUGCCGACAGUCCCGGGCUGCUCCAAGUCACCGAAUAUGUGGUGAGCAAGCUUCCACACAGCAGCCAUGUCCUCGACGUGGGUUGCGGAACCGGCAAACCGGUCGCUGCAGCGCUCGCAGCCGCCGGUCAUACCGUCUACGGCAUUGAUGUUGCCGAGAAUAUGGUGAGAAUUGCAGCCAGCCAAGUUCCAGGGACAUUCUCGACGGCGGAUAUGCGAACCUACACUCCUCCGGUCAAAAUGGACGCCGUGUUUGCAGUCUACUCGCUCUUUCAGAUCCAACCAAGCGAUAUUAAUAAAGUGGUGUAUCGGUUCGCUGAGUGGUUGAAGGAGGAUGGGAUCUUGGUGCUUGGUGUGACGCCUUCCUCGGCCAUUGUGGGAGGAAAGGGCGUACAUGACCCCGUCUGGGAUUGCAUGAGGUUGAAAAGGACGUGGAUGGAGAGGCCGGUGUCUGAGCUGUACUUUUCCCAGACAGCUUGGUUGAAUUUACUGCGCGAAGCUGGUUUCGCAAUUGAGGUUGAGAAGAUGUUCGACUACAUACCUAAGGACCCCAAGCAUAAGCGGACCGAAACUCAUUAUUUGAUCGUUGGGAGGAAAUUGAAGCCACACCCGUUGCUGGGACCGUAUCCUUUGCCUGAAGGCCUUCCCGGAAAGUCAAUGCGUAACGAGCCAGCUUGGAGACGGCUGCAGGGCCACCUAUUCUUGAAAGAUGACGAGAAGAUGUCCUCUGUGCUGGAGGGCCAUCAAACGAUACUGGAUAUUGGGGGUGGGCUGGAAGACAUCCUUGACACGGCAUCAACAAGAAACAAGUCGGUGGAGACUUUGGCUACCCUUUUCAACAAUCUCCCAUACGCAGAUGCCCAGUUUGAUUGCGUCGUUGCAACCAUGAUUCUCGACUAUAUUGACGAUCUCCGCGGUUUCUUGCUAGAAGUCGUCCGCGUGGUUGACAAGUCCUCCUCGAAUGCGCGGGUCAUUCUGAUCCAGGGUGCACCAUAUAAUGAAGUCCAGAGAUUAGUGAACACCGUUUGUACUCCAUUGAGCGGCAAGAACAUGGGACCAGCCCAUCAGGGCAUGCUGCUCUACUCUGCCAUGAAGAUACUGGCCGAUAUCGGAUUCGGAAGGACUUCCUUCCAUCCUCUCAGUACUUCGUAUUCCUUCGACGAGAAUAGUCCAUCCGAUCGGAGCAACGAACUCGCCGAGAUGUUGUGCGAUGUUUGGUUUCCUGGCGAGGAAAAGCAUGAGCAGAUGAAGCAGCAGCUGAUUUCCCCGAUAGAGAAUCUCCUGCGUGACCAUCCCGGCUUCCUCCAGAACGAAUUAGUGAUUCUGGAAGCUGUGUUGGAUGAUCAUUGA